ACAGAGUCAAUCAAUCUGCUUCCUCCGUCUCUGCUUCAGUGCUUCAUACAGGAAAUCUAUUGCUGUGUCAAGUUCCAGAGAAGAGUUUCUUUCAUUCCAAGUUGCCAACCAGCCUCAGACACAGAGUUGAAGCAAGAGGCCAGAAGAAAAGGAGUGUCCUGCUGCAGAUGGGCUAAGAGGAUCCAGCACAGAGCAGCUGACCAGAGAGAGCCUCGCCAUGUCUGCAGUUCCUCUCAUACCUGUGUGGAGGCAAAGUACCAAGUAAAGGGCAGAAAGCAAGACAUCAGAAAUGCCCUGCAUUUUGAGGACUUUUGGCCUAUGGCUUCUACUGAUUUUGACUGUCUCCUUAGUGGCUGAAACGAGAACUCUGGUUACACCAAGCAACGGAUUAAGGCCAAAAAUGAGCAAGGACAAUGACAGUGCAGCUUCAACAAACAGUUCACUUAUGGACAGACAACAGAGAAGUUUCAUACUUCCUGUGGAAGCUAACACUUCCCUGUCUAAACCUGUGGAUACAAAGGCUGUGCUCUCUUGCCCUCGGAUCACCCAGAAAGCUGUGCUGGUAACAAUAAGAUGGGAAAUAAUCCUCAGAGACAAGCCUUCCUGCACCAGAGCCUACAGGAGAGAUACAAAUGAGACCAGGGCCAUAAACUGUAGUGACAAGACAAUAUCCUGGGACUCCAGACCUGAUCAGAAUCCCGCCCUUCAGAUCAAUCCAGUGGCCAUCACUCAUGAUGGAUAUUACAGGUGUGAAGUGGUCACAACUCAUGGGCAUUUCUAUCAUGGAUAUCACCUGACAGUGUUAGUGCCCCCCGACGUGACCCUGUUUCAACUUGAGAAUGGAACUAUCGUGUGUAGGGCAGCUGCAGGGAAGCCAGCGGCGCAGAUCUCCUGGACCCCAGGGGGAGAUUGUCACACUGUGGAAGAGCCACUGGGCAAUGACACAGUGACCGUCCAGAGUUCGUGCCGCUGGGAGGACCACCGGGUGUCUAAUGUGUCCUGCUCUGUGUCCCAUCUGACUGGCAACAGGAGUCUGUCCACUGAGAGGAAUUCAGGAGUCCAGUCAGUAGUAUACGUCAGAACUGUAUAUAUCAUCUUGCCUAUUUUGAUUAUCUUGGUCAUUGUAGGAUCCAUUUGCCUUUGGAAAAUCCGUGUCUGCAGAAAAUGCAAAUUAAAAAAAAGAGAAGCUAAUUCAGUUGUUGAGGAGGAUGAAAUGCAGCCCUAUGCCAGCUACACAGAGAAGAACAAUCCACUUUAUGAUACUGUGAGCCAGGUGAAGAGGUCUGACGUGUUACAAAAUGAAGCUGAUGGGCUGUGUCUCCAUACUUCAUACAUUACUGGAAUCUAGCACUAGGUCAAAUGAAGAAAGAUACAAUACAGCUACCAUGUUUAGUUUCUUGGUGUUCUACAAUGCAAAACCUAUUCUGAGAUUAGCUUUUCAAAGAUUCUGAGAAGAUAGAGACUUUUAAAGUGUGUGCUUCCAUAUCCUUACUUAUACAAUUGAUAUUUUAGAAUGUGAGCUGCUAUUAACUAGUCCUUUGAAGAACUGAUAUCAUUACAAAGAAAGCAAAUGCUCAUGAUAAAAUAUUCUAAUUGCUUAGUACAGUAGAUCAUGAAAACUGAGUUUCCUCAAGAAAGAACUCUGCAGAAGGAACAACCAUCAACAACUUUUAUGUGUCCUCCAGAAAAUUUUGUGUACAUACAUAUGCUGAAGAGUGGCUGCACCAGCCUGCAUUCCCACCAGCAGUACAAAAGAGAUCCUCUUUCUCCGCACCCUCGCCAACAUCCGUUGUUGCCUGAGUUGUUAACGUUAGCCAUUCUGACAGGUGUGAGGUGGUAUCUCAUUGUGGUUUUGAUUUGCAUUUCCCUGAUGAUGAGUGAUGUUAAGCAUUUUUUCAUGUGUCCGUUGGCCAUCUAGCCAAGGUAUGGAAAGAGCCCAAAUGUCCAUCGAUGGAUGAAUGGAUAAAGAAGACGUGGUGUAUGUAUAUAUACAAUGGAGUAUUACUCGGCAAUCAAAAAGAAUGAAAUCUUGCCAUUUGCAACUACAUGGAUGGAACGGGAGGGUAUUAUGCUAAGUGAAGUUAGUCAGAGAAAGACAAAUAUCAUGUGACUUCACUCAUAUGAGGACUUUAAGAUACAAAACAGAUGAACAUAAGGGAAAGAAGGCAAAAUAAUAUAAAAACAGGGAGGGGGAUGAAAACAUAAGAGACUCGUAAAUAUGGAGAACAAACAGAGGGUUACUGGAAGGGUUGUGGGAGGGGGGAUGGGCUAAAUGGGUAAGGGGCAUUAAGGAAUCUAUUCCUGAAAUCAUUGUUGCACUAUAUGCUAACUAACUUGGAUGUAAAUUAAAAAAUAAAUUAAAUACAAAUCAAAACAAAAUAAAACAAAACAAAAAAAAGGGUUUGUGCAUUUUUUAUUGACUGAUACGUCAAAUUGUAUCAAUUUACUUUCCCCUCAACCGUGUUUGAAUGUGUCUUUCCAUAUACUGUCAUUUCCAAGUAUGCAAGAUUACCACUUCUUGUUUUCAGUCAACCAGUUAACUAAUGUGUGUAAGAUUAUAAUAAAAAUUACACUAUUUAACAAA